CGGGGCGGCAACUGGCUGCGGUAGACGCGAGUGCGUGAGCGUGUAGCGUGCGCCAGCCAUGCUGGUCCUGAGCUCGCAGCAGCCGCGCGUCGUGGCCGGCGUGCGCAAGCAGGUGGUCGCCGCGACGACGACAACAACAGCCGCCGUAGACGCCACCGCUAACUCCCGGCAGCCACCGCGCAUCGCCGGCGUGCUGCGCUGCCUGUGGGACGGCGUGUCGCGGCACUGCGAGGUGCGGGCGGGCAGCCUGGAGGUGCUGGGUUCGGAGCCCGGCUGCUGCCUGCGGCUGCCGCUGUGCCGCCUCCACCUGCGGCCGCACCCCGCCCUGCCCCGCGCCUUCACGCUGGGCACCGACCCCGAGGCUCCCGCGGCCGCCUUCCAGGCGGUGAGCGAGUCUGACUUCUCGCGGUGGGUGCGCACGCUGGCCGUGGAGCUGCUGCGGCAGACGCCCCUGGACGCGCUGCGCUACCUGGACGUGCUGGCCAUCACCGCCACCACCACCACGGCGGCGCCACCCGCCACCGACCACCACCUCGGCACCACCGGCGGCGGCGCCUGGCACCAGCCCAGGGCGCGGUCCGAGGACAGCCGCGGCUGGGCCGCGCACAGGCACCACGCCUACAGGGACCGCAGCGAGAACAGGGCGACAGGCUGCGGACGGCUCAGCCGGCGCGACGCCAGCGCCGCGGCCGUCACCAACGGCGACGCCGCCAACCACUGCCACAGCCGCAGCCAACCGGCCACCACCACUCCUGACAGCUCGGAGGAAGACGACGAGGAGCGCGAGGUGGCGGCGCUCCUGCGGCGGUGCCAGCGCGCCGACGGCGUCGCGACGGUGGGCGACAAGCGGCGCCUGUUCGAGGCGCUGUGCCGGCGCCGCGCCAGGUCGCAGGACGCGCUCACCAGGGCCCUGCCGCCCGCCCUGCCAGGUGCUGACGUGGUCGGCUGUGGCGCUAAGCGCGCCCGCUCGCUGCACGACCUGCGCGCCGGCCCCGUGACGUCUGCCGUGAGAGACAUGUGCCGCCUGUUUGAGGAGCGCGUCCAACAACAGCAGCAACACCAGCAACCACAACAGCAGCAGCUCGGGGAACAGCUGCACAGGCGGCGAGGGGUCUCAGUGGGUCGCGAGGCCACCGCCGUCUUGUGCGCGGAGAUCAGUAAGCAGCCAACCCCCACCCACACGACCACCAACAACAGCUGCAGUAGCGGUGGCAGCAACAACAACACCUGCAGCAACAGCAACAACCAACUGGCGUGCCGGCGGCGGGUGCGCCGCGCGGAGCGGCGCCUGGCGCGCCUGCAGGAGCUGUCCGCCGCCGCAGAGGACAAGGUGUGGCGCCUGCAGGAGGACAUGGCCGCCAUAGACCGACACCGCUCGCCAGCCAACACCCACAGGACGAACACGCUGUACGCGGCGCUGGAGCAGCGGCUGUCGCUGGAGGAGGCGCGUCUCACGCGUCUGCAGCAGGAGUCGCAGCGCGUGCUGAAGGAAGUGGAAGAAGCGACGGGACACCUGGAGACGGCCACGGCCAGCUCCAGGGACCGGCGCAGCCGCCGCCUGGCCCCGUGAGGCCGAUACUCCACUCAGCCACCUGCAGGAGCCCCACCGCCGAAGGCGCCUUGCGAGGUGGAUUCGGUCAAUAUUACGCCGAGAGAGGGAUACACCAGUGAUUUCUGAACUCACGCAGGUAUUAGGAAACAAACAUCUGCUCACGAAAAAAUAGGGAACACUGUUAACUGGCUCUCGAAUAAUCGGUUUUGUCGGAAAGCAGUUUACCUCGUACCCAAAAUGAGGGCGGUCACCAUUCAGUACUUGGAUACACUGUGCACAUGUCAAAAUGAAGGUUGCAACCACCACACAGAAAGCCGGUGGCACAGCGUUAUUCUCUGUACCGAAGGUGGCCUGGAAAUCUGUAGCUUUGUGCAUUUCAGAUGUUUGUGUGUAAAUGCAUGUCCUGAAGUUGGUGGUACGAUGAACUCGGUGUUGUUUUUCAGGAUGAGGUGGGAGCACUAUUAAAGUGUAAUACAUGUGCAGUAAAGGAUAACAUACAAAGCCUGUCUUGUGUUACAGGCUGGUCGUCUCUGCCACACUCCUUGUGGGUGUCAACAAAAUCUAACUACCGCUUUUGAGCCACGAUAUUGGAACAGAAAAAUGAGUCGGUGAUACCGGAGUCGGGAGCAUGAAUAGUGUCAAUCAUUUGUUCACGUGUCGUCUGUCACUGCUCCACACGUGCAGGCAGUCACUGAGACAUCACCUCCAGCAGUCUCUGUUUUGCAGGAGCAUUCGUGGUCUCUUUAACUGCGGCAACUUGAUUGUGCACACUAUACUCGUUUUCUUUUGAUUGACAUACACCUGACAAAGACUUCUGUAUAUUACUUUCUUUUUUUCCCCUUUUUGUUACCCUUUACUCACAUUAUUAACUGUCUCUAGUUUUCUCGAUAUCCAUGUAUCGACUCAGUGACUAUCGGGACUUCAAACCAGUAGUACUCCAUUAUACAUACUGUGAGUAAAUGCUAAUCGAUUAUAUUUUUCAUAUUAAAAAUGCUUUUAUUACUCAAAAUGUGACUAAUAAAAAUAUACAAGGAAUUUUAGUAAAUAUCUGAAAAUCUUGUCAUUCAGUCUUGCUCGACACUUCUGGAUUGGUCCUUACUUACUCAUAUUCCAGACCUAUUGUGACACUGAAGCAGUUUUAGAUCAUCAUGGAUUUGUAUUUGCAUGCAGAACUUUCACCAUGGUUUUCAGUUAUGAGAUGUUAGUGUGGACUAAUGUAAGAUACACGAAGGCCAGUAUCAGAUUAUGUUUUACCCACUUGCAUACAUUUUAAACAUGCGAAAUGUAUGUGUCCAAAUAAUUCAUCGUUUAUUUGAUGUUUCAAAUAAUAAAUUGUCUUUGUGUAUGAGCAAUGUUCCUUGCACAUAAUUUUAUGCAGCACCUUUGUGCUGGAGUGACGGCCUUAAAACUUAAUGCUGAGGAAACUUUCAUAACUACAUACUAGCUUUUCCUCCUCUUUAUUCUGUCCUUCACAAAGUUUUCAUGUAAAUUAAUAGAAAAAUCCGAAAGACAGUUUUAGAUCAGGAAGUAUCAGUAUUGGCGACAAGCAAGUACUCAAAUUGCUUACAUAAUACCAUGUUUGUGAUAGCAUUAUACGCAAUAUAAAAAUAUCACCUGUAAUUUCACUUAGUGAAAUCGUUAAUAAGUUGAAAACCAGGAAUACAUUAAUUCUGUAAGGACUGUUCAUAAUCAAACUUGGACAUUACCAGAAAUAUACUAAUUAACAUAUAUCUGUUACAAUGUGCAUCAUGAUUUCAGUUAAUUUUAUUCAUUUUCCCAGUAUUACAGGUGUGUGGCAAAAUCGUGUAACAAAUAUAAUUUUUGUUGUGGCAAAUAGGGAGGCAAGUGUAUCCAGUAUGUCAUGUAACAUUGCUGUAACGUUUCCUUCCAUCCAUUUUAGACUUUUCCCUUUGCUGAAGUAUGACUGAAAGAUUAAGUAAAUUUUUAUAGACAUAGUUUGCAAGAAAAACACCUUUUGGAAACUACUGCAGUUUAUAUACAGCUGAUACAGAACUGGCCACCACAAGAAAGUUGUUUGUAACUGAAAAGUAUGAUAAGAUUUACACUUAUACAGUGAAACAUUUGCAGUACAUCUUACACUUUAAAGUUGUAUUCACUUGAAGAAUAAAGAGCUGAUAAGCACCUCUAUGUUAGGAAUGAGCUGAAAACUGAAAGCGGACUGAUGUUUUUAGACAUUUAUUAGCUAGUAUGUAAAUGUUUGCCGAUAAUACUUCCAUGCUAUAAAAGUGCCAAUAGAUACAGAGUAAAGAGGAUGGAUUUCAAAUGCCUUCUUUGUGGUAUGAUUUCCCAGCUUCAGCUGAAAACACAGAAAUGUUUUUGGGGGACAACUUCAAAGUAUAAUAAUUAGUGAUUGCUUUUUACCUUCAUAACUGAAAGACUUAAUGGGAAAAACAAAUGAGAAAUUUAAGUACAGCUAGUUUUUUAUAUGCUGGGUUUACCAGUUUUUAGACAUGAUAAUAUGAGCAUAAAAAUAUGCUUGGUUUUUUAUUUUAUGCUGAGAUGAUUUUAAAUUUGUACUGACUGAAGGUAUGUUACUGAAUUGUGUGUCAUUGUCUAUUAGAAACAGAGUUUAAGGAAAUAUAAAGCUGUAAUGUUACCUGAGAAUAUAGAAUCAUCAUCAAAAUAACAAAUAUUAUGCCCAGAAUCCUGAUCUCUGUUUUAAAUGAAAGCUCUCUGUGUGAGACUUGCAGUUUAGUCUGGCAAAGAAAUGCCUUGCUUUGAUACAUUAUUGUGUUGUUUCUAUAAAGUCUACAUGUAUUAAUGAAAACCCAGUCCCAAGAAAAAUAUUAUGCAUUUAUAGUUCAUUAUAAAUGCAAAUACAACAAAACUGAACUGUUUCUUGCAUUAGCAUCCUAAAAUCUUUCAUGUGACCUUUCGAUGUACUAUGCAGACAUUUAUAUCUUAAAGGUUACCUAGUAAUGAAUCAAUAAACCAAACAGUGUUGACAUGAAAAUGUUUGUAGGAAACUUAAGAUAUGUGGGAAGCUAUAAACCAAAGUAUGACAAUUUAAUUGAAAAAUAUAUUGUGAUAGGUAUGUAAAUGUAUUUAAAAUAUGUACCACUUGUACCAGUUUUGUACUUUUCUGUUAAUACAUUUAUGUAACUUAAGAAUUAUUGUGUGACAAAACAAACUGUCUGUAUUCCCAUCACUGACUGUAUCACAUAGUUUGUUCUAAUGUUUCAUUUUCUGUAUUUGAAUAUUGACAGAUCUGUCAUAAAUCUU